AUGAGCACGAACACCUGGGUGAACAAACUGGACAACUGGCAAAGACGACCACGCAAUCCCGAGGGGAUCCUGGCUCCGCCACCGGCCAAGAAGCACCCGAGGAAGGAGAACGUGUUGGAGGGGAUAUGGCGAACCGUUGCCCGGAGACUACCCGGGACGACGGCCACCCUCCACCCGGAGAUGGCACGCCCCGAGAAGUCAAUGAUGGGCAUCGGGGAGCAACUCUAG